AGUGCCCCAGUUUUUGCCCAUCCCUUUGCACGCACGAGCACACGCGCAGCCCGACUCUCCCGCGCCUCUUUUGCCUCUUUCUCCGCCCCUCGCCCUCUCUGGACCCUUGCCUCCUCCUGUGUCUCCGUCCAGCACUCCCCACCCCGCAGCUGUCACCACAAUGUCCGAGGCCGCCAUCAGUGUUCCCCAAGCCGAGCCUUUCCCUCCCAGCGAGACGACUGGCGUCUGUGGCAAGCUUCGCGCCUUCGUCAUUGGCGGCACCGGUGCCGUUGGUCGCUUCCUGGUGGCCGAGCUCCUCAACUCUCCCUGCUAUGAGCGUGUUGUCCUGAUCGGCCGGUCUCCGUACCAGAUCCCCCCCAACACUGGCGAGGAUGCCGACAUCUUCCCCUUCGGUCCUUACCACUCGAAGGUCGAGGUGGAGAAGAACCGCGGUCGCCUGGUGGAGAUCAAGGUCGAGAAGGACAUCCUCGAGACCCUGCAGGGGCUGAACGCCGUCGACAUUCCGGCUGCCCUGGACGCUCCGCCGGCCCCCACCAUCUAUGAGGAGGAUGAGAAUGCCGUGGCCGUCUCCCGGCCAGCCUUCCCCGACGCCCCGUACACGUACCACUUCUUCUCCUGCCUCGGCACCACUCGCGGUGAUGCCGGGUCCGCUGAGGCCUUCCGUCACAUUGACCUGUCGGCCAACAAUGCCUUUGCCGACCUUUCCAAGCGGCUGAUUACCCCGGCUGUGGGUAAUCUCGGCUAUAUGGGGCUCCUUUCCAGUGUCGGUGCCAGCUCUAGCAGCUGGUUCCUCUACCCCAAGACCAAGGGCGAGGCCGAGGACUAUUUCCGCGCUGCCGGGUUUUCGCGUCUCUCUAUCUUCCGCCCUGGUGCCAUCCAGCGCGGCUCGCACCUCCGCUGGACCGAGCGCAUUCUCGUCUCUGUUGUUCCCAGCGUCUCGGCUGCUGCGAUUGCUCGGGCCAUGAUCCGCGAUGCGCUGGCCCACUCGAACAUCAUCACCCAGUUCCGCAGCCGCCCCAACCCCGCAGCCACGAUUGUUACCUCGGCCAGUGGCCCAAUCACCGGCAAGAUCCAGUGCUUCCUCAAUGGCGAGGAGAUCUCCUCCAGCUUGGCCUCGGCUUACCGCCUCAACACCGCUCCGGGUGCCGUUUUUGCCCAGUGCGUUCCGCCUGGCAGCCGCCUGGCCAACAUCAUCUACGAUUCGGCCAUCAAGCGCAUGGGUCUCUUCUAGGCGGGGGAAUGCCCCUCCUCCCCGCCCGCCCGCCACUCCUGCUUUUAUGUGUGUGUGUGUGUGUGUG